UUUUUCUCUUUUCUUCUAGGAGGAACAGCUGCCCCUGCAGUAUUUCCUUGCUCAGCACCAUGUCCUUGGCAGGAAUAAGGUGCCUGGUGACUGGCGCUGGUGGAUUCCUGGGCCAAAGGAUUGUUUGCCAGCUGCUGGCAGAAGAUGAGAGUUUGGCUGAAGUCAGAGUCUUGGACAAAACGAUCAGCACUGAAGCACUCCAGGAUUUUGGAAAAGCAAAGAAUAACACUCUCUUGACAGUCAGACAAGGGGAUAUCCGGGAUGUGGCACUUCUUCAAACAGCGGUCCAAGGGGUCUCCCUGGUCAUCCAUGCAGCUUCCAUCAUUGACACCAGAGGGCUCAUUGAUCAACAGACCCUGUGGGAUGUCAAUGUCAGGGGUACACAGCUGCUGCUGGAGACCUGCCUCCGCAAUGAUGUCCAGUAUUUUAUUUAUACCAGCAGUCUUGAGGUGGCAGGUCCAAACAACAGAGGAGAUCCCAUCUAUGAUGGUGAUGAAAACACCGUGUAUCAGAUGACCCAAGGACCACCCUAUGCUGAAACUAAAAAAGAGGCUGAGAAAUGUGUGCUGGAGUUGGAUAGCUUGCCACUAAAGGGGGGCAAAAAUUUUGUGACGUGUGCUUUGAGGUCCAUGUACAUCUAUGGAGAAGGCAGUCCUUUCCUUCUGUGUCACCUCGAUGAAAGCAUCUUAAACAACAAGGUAUUUUUGAGGCUGUCUAGGAAAGAGGCACUUGUAAAUCCUGUCUAUGUGGGAAAUAUUGCUUGGGCUCAUAUUCAAGUGGCUAAAGCCAUGAGAGACCCAACAAAAGUAAAGCAGGUCCGAGGGGGGUUCUACUACAUCUCAGACGAUACUCCCCACGCAAGCUAUUCAGACUUCAAUUAUGAGCUGACUAAGGAGUUAGGGUUUGGCGUUGAACCCAAACCUGUGAUGCCCAUCAUAUUUUUCUAUUACUAUGCUCUGUUCCUGGAGAUUGUGAGCUUCUUGCUCAAGCCUUUCUUCAGAUAUGUUCCUCGUAUCAAUCGUUCCCUUGUACUGUUGCUCAACACCCCAUUCAGUUUUUCUUACAGGAAAGCACAAAGGGACUUUAACUAUACUCCUCAAUACUCAUGGGAAGAAGCCAAGCAGCAUACAUGCCAAUGGAUUACUGAGAUAACCCCACUGAGGGCAGCAUACUUGAAAAGCAAGACCACCUAAAUGCCAGAAUAAGAGCCAAAACAG